GAGAAACAAACUGGUUGCCCGCUUAAUACAUGUAUCCUUCUUUAAACAGCGCUAAGAAAAAGAAAAUGGCUGACAAGAUUCUACCUCAGAGGAUUCGUGAACUGGUACCAGAGUCUCAGGCCUACAUGGAUCUGUUGGCAUUUGAAAGGAAACUAGACCAGACGAUUAUGAGGAAACGUCUCGAUAUCCAGGAAGCCUUGAAACGACCCAUUAAGCAAAAGCGAAAGCUGCGCAUUUUUAUCUCUAACACCUUCAAUCCAGCCAAGUCGGACGCGGAAGAUGGUGAAGGGACUGUUGCCUCGUGGGAGCUCCGGGUGGAAGGGCGGCUGCUCGAGGACGUGAGUUCUGCUCUGUCCAAAUAUGAUGCCACCAAACAGAAAAGGAAAUUCUCCUCCUUCUUCAAAUCGCUGGUGAUCGAGCUGGACAAGGACCUGUAUGGCCCAGACAAUCACCUGGUGGAGUGGCACAGAACUGCCACCACCCAGGAGACAGAUGGCUUCCAGGUGAAGAGGCCUGGGGAUGUGAAUGUGCGUUGUACUGUCCUCCUGAUGCUGGACUAUCAGCCUCCGCAGUUCAAACUUGACCCCCGCCUGGCUCGUCUCCUGGGGAUUCAUACCCAGACCCGACCAGUGAUCAUCCAGGCACUGUGGCAGUACAUCAAGACCCACAAGCUACAGGACCCCCAUGAGCGGGAGUAUGUCAUUUGCGACAAGUAUCUCCAGCAGAUAUUUGAGUCCCCGCGAAUGAAGUUCUCUGAGAUCCCGCAAAGGCUGCAUGCUUUGCUCAUGCCCCCUGAACCAAUCAUCAUUAACCAUGUGAUCAGUGUUGACCCAAACGACCAGAAAAAAACCGCCUGCUAUGACAUCGAUGUGGAAGUGGAUGAUACUCUUAAAACUCAGAUGAAUUCUUUCUUGCUGUCCACAGCCAGCCAGCAGGAAAUCGCUGCCCUGGAUAACAAGAUCCACGAGACAAUAGAAACCAUUAACCAGCUGAAAACACAACGGGAGUUCAUGCUGAGCUUUGCCCGUGAUCCCCAAGGCUUCAUCAACGACUGGCUCCAGUCGCAGUGCCGAGAUCUAAAGACCAUGACUGAUGUUGUUGGGAAUCCAGAAGAGGAGCGUAGAGCUGAAUUCUACUUCCAGCCCUGGGCCCAGGAAGCUGUCUGCAGAUACUUCUACUCCAAGGUGCAGCAGAGACGGCAGGAGCUGGAGCAGGCACUGGGAAUCCGCAACACAUAAGCUGCCCCACUCUGCCCCUGACCAGAAGGCAUCACAGCUAUUUGUGGAGACUGAGAGCUGCAGGGGUCACUGUUUAGGCCCACACAACCCCCACUACGGCAUAGAGACCUGCAGCCAUCACUCACCUCUGGCGGUGUCCGUAUCAGUGUGACUCCUGAGCCCCACGGGGCUUUUGGGAUGUAGCAAGCAGACAGGCUCAAAGGGUCACACACUGCUACCUGCUUUCCUCCCUCACUGAGGCCUUGUCAGUCCCCAAGCCGACUGUCUCUGCGUUGCCCAAUAUCCAGUAUUGCUGCAGGCUCAGAACUUCUCUUGAGUUCAGAACCUUACCACAGCCCCUUCUCCUCCAAAACUCGGCUCUAGUUCUUGCACCCCAGAGAACUUGGAUCUGCCAUGUGGACAGAGCCCCGGGGCCAUUCACUUCUCAAGGUCCCCUGAGACACAGCAGACAGAGCUCCUACAUGUUGGCACACGCUGUCCCCCUAGGGGGUGCUCUUGCAUUGUCCCUUGUAGGACUCUCCUCUCCUGCAAGAGGGUUUCUAUGCUGCGUGGAGAACUGCUUUUCCCAUCCAGUCUCUGUCUUAGUUAAAGCUCCAUUCCUGUUCCCUAGGCCUGGAGCACAAAAGAGACCCUGGCUCAGCAUAGGAAUGGAGGAGCUAUGAAGAGGUGACUGCUGCAUGCAUAGUUCUCAUGCAGGAUUGAGCAGCAAUGCAGUCUUGCUUGCUCUUCCUGCAGCAGGAAGUGGGGAAUGCGCCCACCGCUGCUCCUUGCGGUGGGAUUAUGCAGGAGCAGAAAGCCUUAGGGUCAUUUCUUGGAGGUGGCUGCUGAUGAUUCUGCAUCUCUGCCUUUGGUGAAGUGAAUGGCCCCUUGCAUGGAUGUGAGGAGGCAGCCUGGGCCUCUGCCGACAGCUCCUAACAAGUUAGCAGAUGUCAAGGCUCCUCUGCUUUGUCGUCUUCCACGAUUGGUCAGAGAGUAGGUUCUACAGCUGUCCCAGGGCAGAUGAUCGAGUAUGUGCUGGGGGGGGUUCUCCAGCUGGGAGAGUAGCAGCUUAGAUGCUGAUUCAUGGAAUGAAUUAGUGCCCUUAGCCCUCAGGGCCAUGUGUGUGUGGCAGGCAUGUUGGUGGGGGGGGGGGAGUGGCGGGGAGGGUGCACUCUUUACCUGGGGCUAUAUAUUUCUGCUCAGAUUCCUUUUGGGGACUGAAGUGAAUGGGCUCUGAACCUAGUUGGUUGGGCUCUUCUGCCGUUAGCUGCAAAAUCAUGUUACUGACAAACAGCCUCACAGUAUCCAGAAGUGUUGUUGAGGGGCUGCUAUGAAAUAAGGAGCCACUAUAGCCUGUGUUUGUGUGUGAGAGAGAGAGAGCGAGCAACAAUGUGUCUGCAAGUAAUAGACUUUCCAUCCUUCCCUCCCUUCUGUACCCUUAAAGAAUUGCCCCUGUGUAGCACCAGGGGCUGAAGUCCUGGUCCCGGCUAAUGCAGACCACCGGCUUCUCAGGGCAAGUAAUAGUGAAGGAUACUUGGAUAUUGCCUAGGCAAGUGUACCUGUUGCAGAAUUACUGUUUUUAUUAACUGAUUAUGGUUUUUCAUGGACCAAAAUUUUUUUUGUACUGUAUCCUUGUAGAUGUCAGUUUUAAUAAAAGCCUCCUAUGAAGGAAGCCACUCACCUCCUGUGCUGGCAAA